UUGGACCAGGAAGAGGGAAUAAAUACCCCAGAUCUCUCCGAAGUGCAUGGCAGGGGCUAGCAGGAGGGCCAGCUAGCUCUAACUUCAUUUAUCCUUGCUGGCUUGGGGAAAACACGACGCGGGUUGGAUUCCUGAGAGCCCUAAAUGCCAGGAUUCGUCUCAAAUGUUUGGUUGGAAUGGGUGGAAAUCAUCGAACCUCGGACCCGGGAGCGCAUGUACGCCAACCUGAUCACGGGGGAGUGCGUGUGGGACCCGCCGGCCGGUGUGCGCAUCAAGCGCACCAAUGAGAACCAGUGGUGGGAGCUCUUUGACCCCAACACCUCCCGCUUCUACUACUACAAUGCCACCACGCAGCGCACGGUCUGGCACCGCCCGCAGAACUGCGACAUCAUCCCUUUGGCCAAACUGCAGACCUUGAAGCAGAACACGGAAUCUCCUCGAGCGUCCACCGAAAACAGCCCCGGCCGGAGCAGCAAUGUCAGCAGGGAGGGCAGCACCAGCUCCUCCUUGGAGCAGGAGUUGGAAGGCAACGAGAAAGCGGGCGAGACGACGAGGUCGAGCCGGCAAUCGGCCCCGUAUGCUGCAGUGAAGGAAGAAACGGAAAGCUCGUCGCCCUCUGGAGUGUUUGAGAAAGAAUGUGACAUCUAUCGGGAUUACAACACCGAAGGUCAACUCCUCCACUACAGGACGUCCUCGCUGCGCUGGAACGCCGGCACCAAGGAGCGGAUGCUGAUCAAGGUGACGGACCGUGAGCCCAGCUUCCUGCUGCACCAGGGCAACGGCUUCGGCCCCGACGCCGCCCCAUCCGCUCGCUCCCGCCGCCCCUCGGGGGGUCAGCAGUCCCCCAACCUGCAGAGCUUCGCCCCCGACGCCGACAACUCCGUCUUCUUUCCGGAGAGGAAACCUUCGCCCUACCUGAAGAGGGCUGAGCUGGCUGGGAGCUGCUCGCCUCUGCUGGGUCGGGGCGAUUCUUUCUGCUCCCCGCUGCAGAGCCAACACCACCGCAAAGCAUCGAGCGAAUCGCAGCCCUCAUCGCCGCGCUACGCCUACGAGCCGCCGCUCUACGAGGAGCCCCCCAUGGAGUACCAAGCGCCCAUCUACGACGAGCCCCCCGUGGACAUGCAGUACGAAGCCGGCGGGGGCUACAAAGCCGCUUCCCCCCAGAAAUCGCCCAUCCGGAAGCCUCACCCCUUCCUCCAGUCACCCAAGCAAGGCUCCAACUCGCCCUACCAGCAGCUGGUGCUCACCAAGCAGAAGUGCCCCGAUCGCUUCAUGAGCCUGGAAUACAGCCCGGCGGGCAAGGAGUACGUCCGCCAGCUGGUCUACGUCGAGCAGUCGGGCUCCAGCCCCAAGAUGAAAUCAGGGCCACGCCACAAAUACUCCCCCAACCCCAUCGGGGGCUCCUACUCGCUGCAGCACAGCCCGUGCCUCCUCCGCGAGCAGCGUGCCGACCUCAAGUCGGGCGACUACAGCAGCAUGGAGGCGGCCGACUUCUGCCCCGACGACUCCAUGUCGUGGUCCAGCCAGCAGGACACCAUGUCCUCCACCGGCUACUCGCCCUCCAACAGGAAGAGGAAGAGCCGAAAGCCUUCGCUGCCCCACCACGAACCCAGCACUCCGUCAGCGGAAGGGGAGCGGGACGGGGCGGAGGAGGAGCGGUGUGGAUCCGCGCGCGCCCAACUCAACCGCGCGGAGAGCAAAGCGGUGGAAGCAGAGGGGGAAGCGGCGAGGGGCUUUGCUGAGCCCUUCCUGGCACAAGCACGCCUGGCCUGGGAGGCUCAGCAAGCCCACUAUCACAUGAAGCAGCGCAGCAGUUGGGAUUCCCAAAAGGACGGAUCGGGCUACGAGAGCGACGGGGCUCUGCCGCUGCCCAUGCCGGGCCCCGUGGUGCGCGCCUUCAGCGAGGACGAGGCGCUGGCGCAGCAGGACAGCAAGCACUGGAAGAGGAACACCUUUGAGAAGUUGGGUUUCCCUCAGAUCCUGCUGGAGAAGAGCGUCUCCGUGCAGACCAACCUGGCGUCCCCCGAGCCCUACCUGCAUCCGUCGCAGUCUGAGGACCUCGGUGCCUGCGCCCAGUUUGAGAACAGCCGGCAGACCAGGAACAUGAUGCCCAGCGCCAGUUGCGUCUUCCCCACCUUCAACCUCCGCAAACCUUCCUCGGAGACGGACAUUGAGAACUGGGCCUCCAAGCACUUCAACAAGCACACGCAGGGGCUCUUCCGCCGGAAGGUGUCCAUAGCCAACAUGUUGGCGUGGAGCAGCGAGUCCAUCAAGAAGCCCAUGAUCAUGACCAACGACCGCAACGUCAAGAAGGAGGCGUGUGAGAUCUUCAAGCUCAUCCAGAUGUACAUGGGCGACCGGCGAGCCAAGACGGACCAACUCAACGUGGCCUUGGAGAUCGCCACCAAAGGGUGGAGCAUGCAGGGCCUGAGGGAUGAGCUCUACAUCCAGCUGUGCAGGCAGACCACCGAGAACUUCCGAUACGAGAGCCUGGCGCGCGGCUGGGAGCUCAUGGCCAUUUGUUUGGCCUUUUUCCCACCCACUCCCAAAUUCCAUUCCUAUCUCGAAGGAUAUAUUUACAGGCACAUGGAUCCGGUGAAUGACACCAAAGUGACACGGCACAUUAGAGAGCUCCUGGAAAGGAACACAAAGAAGAAACCCAAAUUGAGAAAGAAACCCAAGCCCCAUCCCGAGGAGCACGAUGGGGUGGCCAUCAGCACAUAUGCCAAGUACUGCUACAACAAGCUGCAGAAGGCCGCCCUCACUGGAGCCAAGAAGGGCCUGAAGAAGCCCAACAUCGAGGAGAUCCGCCACGCCAAGAACGCCGUCUUCAAUCCCUCCAUGUUUGGGAGCUCCUUGCAGGACAUCAUCGCCAUGCAGAAGGAGCGCUACCCUGACCGGCAGCUGCCCUGGGUGCAAACGCGCCUCUCCGAGGAGGUGUUGGCACUCAAUGGGGAUCAAACGGAAGGGAUCUUCAGAGUCCCUGGCGACAUCGAUGAGGUCAACGCUCUGAAGCUGCAGGUGGACCAGUGGAAGAUCCCCACCGGCCUGGAGGACCCCCACGUUCCCGCAUCGCUGCUGAAGCUGUGGUACCGGGAGCUGGAGGAGCCCCUCAUCCCGCACGACUUCUACGAGCGCUGCAUCACCCACUACGAGAACCCCGAGGCGGCCGUCGCCGUCGUCCACUCUCUGCCCAGGAUCAACAAAAUGGUGCUGUGCUACCUCAUCCGUUUCCUACAGGUGUUCGUGCAGCCGGCCAACGUGGCCGUCACCAAGAUGGACGUCAACAACCUGGCCAUGGUGAUGGCCCCCAACUGCCUGCGCUGUCAGUCGGACGACCCCCGCGUCAUCUUCGAGAACACCCGCAAAGAGAUGUCCUUCCUGCGGGUCCUCAUCCAGCACCUGGACACCAGCUUCAUGGAGGGCGUCCUAUAGCAUCACCCCACGACCAACCCCUUCCCCAACCCCCCCCCCCCCCCAAAACCCCCCCAAGUUCUCGCCCCGCACCCCA